CCACCGGGACGGGGUGCGCGAGAGCUAGAGUGAGCCGUCUGCUUUCUCUCCCUGAAGGAAAUAUACCGAAAGAUCUAAAAGGAGACAGCGCGUGCCGAGGGGUAAGAACGGCACAGGUAGCGGGGAGAGAUGUCCAUCUCCACACAGUUGGGCCUCCUGCUGUGGAAGAACUUCACCUACAGACGGAGACAGACGCUUCAGCUUCUGGUCGAGAUCGUCUGGCCUCUCUUAAUCUUCUUCAUUCUCAUCGCUGUGAGGAUCAACUACCCACCCUACGAGCAACAUGAAUGUCACUUCCCAAACAAGGCAAUGCCCUCAGCGGGCACGUUGCCAUGGAUACAGGGCAUUGUCUGCAAUGCCAACAACCCCUGCUUCAGACACCCAACACCAGGAGAAUCACCAGGGGUCGUUGGAAAUUUCAACGAUUCCAUAAUCUCUCGGUUGUUCACCGACGCUAAGAAGAUCCUGCUGUAUAGCCAGAAUGACCGCAGCCUGGACGGCUUUAAAGAUCUCUUCCACGCACUCAAGACCCUGCAAAACAACUCUGAAGGGUUCCGGCUGAAACACUUCCUACGCGAUGAUGAAACUUUGUCAACAUUCCUGACCCUUAACGCAUCACUUCCUGAAGACGCCGUCAAGGAGAUUGUGGAGGCAGAAGUCAACUUGGAAAAGGUGCUGGUUAAAGGCCUGGGUGUGCACCUGAGGGACAUGUGCAAUGCGACGCUGGUGGAGGAGUUUGUGCACAUCUCCAACCGGAGUGUAUCCCAGCAUGUGCACCAGGCCGUGUGCCAGAGACCACAGACAUGGCUCAACCAGGCCGAGGAGCUCUUUCUGGACAACCUGGACUUCCUCAAGGCCCUGAGGUCUGAUAUAAGGGCUGACCCUGAAGAUCUAAAACAGGUUGCCAUGGCGACGGAUAAUCUCCUGGAGAGUCUGGGGGCAAUGGCUGUAGAGCUGGCCAGCAUGCGCAGCUGGAGUGAUCUGCGGAACGAGAUCCUGUUCCUUACCCAGAAUGCCACGGGCUCACCGGCGCAGAUGUACCAGGCGGUGUCCCGCAUCGUGUGUGGGCAUCCAGAGGGCGGCGGACUCAAGAUCAAAUCCCUCAACUGGUACGAGGACAGCAACUUCCAGGCCCUGUUCGGUAACCACGGCAACAGCAGCGAGGACGAGCCCACAUCCACCUAUGACAACACCUCCACCCCCUACUGUAACAGUCUGAUGAAGAAUAUGGAGGCGAGCCCCAUCUCUCGGAUGAUCUGGCAGGCACUCAAGCCUCUGCUCAUGGGCAAGAUCCUGUACACGCCCGACACCCCCGCCACGCAAGCCAUCAUCAAGGAGGUAAGCCGCACCUUCCAAGAGCUGGGCAUUCUGCGUGACCUGGGGGGCAUGUGGGUGGAACUGCGUCCAAAGCUCUGGAGCUUUAUGGAGGACAGCGAACAGGUCAACCUACUCAGGUCUCUGCUGAAGAAUAACGUGUCUGCGGUGUUCCUGCGCCACCACCUGGUGGGGACGGACUGGAGUGUGGAGGACAUCUCCAGCUUCCUGUCCAGACAGUCCAAGGAUCAGCGGCCGCCGGGGUCCGCUCUCACCUGGAGGGACAUCUUCAACGAGACUGACCAGGCCAUCACCAGCAUCUCACGCUUCAUGGAGUGUGUGAAUCUGGAUAAGCUGGAGCCGGUGCCGUCGGAGGAGAAGAUGGUGAACGAGUCCAUGGUGCUGCUGGAGAACAGGAAGUUCUGGGCGGGGCUUGUGUUCCCCGAUAUUCCAGCCAAUAGCAGCGAGCUUCCGCACCACGUCAACUUCAAGAUCCGUAUGGACAUCGACAAUGUGGAGCGCACCAACAAGAUCAAAGACGCGUACUGGGACCCCGGUCCCCGAGCGGACCCGUUUGAGGACCUCCGCUACGUGUGGGGAGGAUUCUCCUACCUGCAGGACAUUGUGGAACACAGCAUCAUCAGGGCCGUUACCGGGACAACCGAGAAGACUGGUGUCUACAUCCAGCAGAUGCCUUAUCCUUGCUACGUCGAUGACAUUUUCCUGCGUGUGAUGAGCCGCUCAAUGCCACUGUUCAUGACGCUGGCGUGGAUGUACUCGGUGGCCAUCAUCAUCAAGAGCGUCGUGUACGAGAAGGAGGCGCGGCUCAAGGAGACCAUGAGGAUCAUGGGACUGGACAACGGCAUCCUCUGGUUCAGCUGGUUCAUUAGCAGCCUUAUCCCACUGCUCAUCAGCGCCGCCCUGCUGGUGCUGCUGCUCAAGAUGGGUAACCUCCUGCCCUACAGUGACCCGGGCGUGGUCUUCCUGUUCCUGAGUUCCUUCGCCGUGGUAACCAUCAUGCAGUGCUUCCUCAUCAGCACGGUGUUCUCGCGCGCCAACCUGGCUGCUGCCUGCGGAGGCAUCAUCUACUUCACUCUCUACCUGCCCUACGUGCUGUGUGUCGCCUGGGAGGAGUAUGUGGGCUUCUCCACCAAAGUGGUCGCUAGCCUGCUGUCCCCGGUGGCAUUUGGCUUUGGCUGUGAGUACUUUGCGCUGUUUGAGGAGCAGGGUCUGGGCAUCCAGUGGAGCAACCUGCUGGACAGUCCACACCAGGAGGACGACUACAGCCUGACCACGUCCCUGCUCAUCAUGUACUUCGAUGCUGCCCUCUACGCCCUCCUCACCUGGUACAUCGAGGCCGUAUUCCCUGGUCAGUACGGCAUCCCACGGCCCUGGUACUUCCCCUUCACCCGCUCCUACUGGUUUGGGGACGGCCAAGGGGCCAAAGGUGGCACCGCCACGCAGGGCCGGAGGGAAAACGCAGCCGGUGUGUGUAUGGAGGAGGAGCCAGUGCAUCUCCCUCUGGGUGUGUACAUAGAGAAUCUGGUGAAGGUGUAUCGGCACGGCAGGAAGCUAGCCGUAGACGGCCUCUCGCUCGGCUUCUACGAGGGACAGAUCACGUCCUUCCUGGGCCACAACGGAGCCGGCAAGACCACUACCAUGUCCAUCCUGACAGGGCUGUUCCCGCCCACCUCUGGCACGGCCUACAUCCUGGGCAAAGACAUCCGCUCCGACCUGAGCGCCAUCCGACAGAGUCUUGGAGUGUGUCCUCAACACAACGUCCUCUUCAGCAUGCUGACGGUGGAGGAGCACAUCUGGUUCUAUGCGCGACUGAAGGGCCUAUCUGAGGAGAGGGUGAAGGAGGAAAUGGAGCAGAUUCUGACCGACACAGGCCUGCCUCACAAACGCAGCUCAUGCACCAGCACUCUUUCAGGUGGCAUGCAAAGAAAGCUGUCGGUGGCUCUGGCGUUUGUGGGUGGCUCUCAGGUCGUGAUUCUUGAUGAGCCGACGGCGGGAGUUGACCCCUACGCACGCCGAGGCAUCUGGGACCUACUGCUGAAAUACCGUGCCGGCCGCACCAUCAUUCUGUCGACACACCACAUGGACGAGGCGGACAUCCUGGGCGACCGGAUUGCCAUCAUCUCGCACGGACGCCUGUGCUGCGUGGGCUCCUCCCUCUACCUGAAGACGCAGCUGGGCAGCGGCUACUACCUCACACUGGUCAAAAGAGACGGCGAGCAGUCCCUCAACUCCUGCAGAAACUCCGCCAGCACGGUGUCCUACACCAAGAAGGAGGAUAAUGGCUCUGACAGUAGUUCUGAUGCGGGUCUCGGCAGUGAUCAGGAAAGUGAAGCCGCCACAGCCGUCGUGGACUCAGUGGUGCCCCCUGCAGACGUGUCUCUGAUCUGCGGCGUGAUUCUGAAGCACGUUCCUGGAGCUCGGCUGGUGGAGGACCUCGGACAUGAGAUCACCUUUGUACUGCCCUACGCGUCCGCCAAAGACGGCGCCUUCGUCGAGCUCUUCCAUGAGAUGGACGAUCGCCUUGCUGACCUCGGCAUCUCAAGCUAUGGCGUGUCUGACACUACCCUGGAAGAGAUCUUCCUGAAGGUUGCACAGGACAGUGGAGUUGACACUGAAAUCAUCUCAGAUGGAACCCUGCCCGUGCGUAGGCGACGCAGACACCAUGCGUUUGGAGGAGACCACCAGAGCUGCCUGAAACCCAACACUGAAGAUGACCAGAACGACAACGACUCAGAAGCAGACCCAGAAUCUCGUGAGACGGAUUGGCUCAGUGGUGUGGACGGUAAAGGUGCCUAUCAGGUGAAGGGGUGGAGCCUUCGGAAGCAGCAGUUUGUGGCGUUGCUAUGGAAACGAUUCCUUUAUGCCCGUCGCUCCAGGAAGGGGUUCUUUGCCCAGAUUGUGUUGCCUGCUGUGUUUGUGUGCAUCGCUCUGGUGUUCAGCCUCAUCGUUCCUCCCUUUGGCAAAUACCCCAGCCUUGCCCUGCAGCCCUGGAUGUACGAGGAACAGAACACCUUCAUCAGAAUAGAUGACCCUGAAGACGCCACCAUGCAGAGACUCCUGGCGGCUCUCGUGGACGGACCAGGCUUAGGAACUCGCUGCAUGAUCGACCGUCCAGCACCGAAUAUGCAGUGCACCAUGGGGGAUGAGGAUUGGCUAGUGCCAGAGGUUCCGGAGAGUGUUCUGGCCCUGUUUGCCUCUCAGAACUGGACCAUGGAUGACCCGUCUCCGGCGUGCGAGUGCAGUUGCCAGGGCAACAAGCGGAUGCUCCCAGAGUGCCCUGCAGGCGCAGGCGGCCUCCCGCCACCACAGAUAAAGAUAAGUGCUCUGGACACGCUUCAGAAUCUGACCAGUAGGAACAUCUCCGACUACUUGGUGAAGACCUACGCUCAGAUCAUUGGCAAAAGUUUGAAUAACAAGAUCUGGGUGAAUGAGUUCAGAUAUGGAGGCUUCUCAUUGGGCGCGCGGAGUACCCAGGUCCUUCCCCCAGCAGCGGAGAUUGACGAUGCCAUUAGUCGAGUGCGGGAGAUCUUCCACCUGGAGGAAGGUUCCGGAACUGCAGCUGACCGCUUCCUGCACAGCCUCUCAGGGUUCAUCAACGGCCUGGACACAAAGAACAACGUCAAGGUGUGGUUUAAUAAUAAAGGCUGGCACAGCAUGGGCGCCUUCCUCAACGUGAUGAGCAACGGCAUCUUGCGUGCCAACCUGCCCGCGGGCAAAGACCCUGCCUCCUUUGGCAUCACCGUCCACAACCACCCACUCAACCUGACCAAGGAGCAGGUCUCCCAGGUGGCACUCCAGGUCUUCCUCAUCCAGGAGCGUAUCAACAAAGCCAAACACAUGCAGUUCAUCAGCGGAGUGCAGCCCUUACUCUACUGGCUGGCCACCUUCGUCUGGGAUAUGUGUAACUACUUUGUACCGGCGACCCUCGUCAUCAUCAUCUUCGUCUGCUUCCAACAAGAGGCAUAUGUCUCCUCCACCAACCUGCCUGUGCUGGCCCUCCUGCUGCUGUUAUACGGGUGGUCCAUCACUCCCCUGAUGUACCCGGCGUCCUUCUUCUUUAAUAUCCCGAGCACGGCCUACGUGGUCUUGACCAGUGUCAACAUCCUCAUUGGGAUCAACGGCAGCAUCUCCACCUUCGUCCUCGAGCUGUUCGGCAACAACGAGAUCGGUGGGAUCAAUGACGUGCUGAAGAACGUGUUCCUCAUUUUCCCGCACUUCUGUUUGGGGCGUGGUCUCAUCGACAUGGUGAAGAACCAGGCCAUGGCUGAUGCCCUGGAACGUUUCGGGGAGAACCGGUUCCGCUCGCCCCUGGACUGGGACAUGGUGGGGAAGAACCUGUUUGCCAUGGCAGUGGAGGGGGCGGUGUUCUUCAUCAUCACCAUCCUCAUCCAGUACCGCUUCUUCUUCAAGCCCAGUUCUAUGAGUGUGAAGCUGAGGCCUGUAGGGGAGGAGGAUGAGGAUGUGGCGAGAGAACCAUCCGAUAGUACGAGCGACAAUGAUCCUGAGCUGAUCAACCCGAGUGUAUACAAGAAGAAGCAGAAGCCGGCAGUGGAUCGCUUGUGUGUGGGCAUCCCCCCAGGAGAGUGUUUCGGGUUGUUGGGAGUGAAUGGUGCAGGGAAGACCAGCACUUUUAAGAUGCUGACUGGAGACUCACCGGUCACCAGUGGAGAGGCCUUCCUAGCAGGGAAGAGUAUUCUGCGUGAGAUUGAUGAGGUGCAUCAGAACAUGGGCUACUGCCCUCAGUUUGAUGCCAUCCACGACCUCCUGACGGGCCGAGAGCAUUUGGAGUUUUACGCCAUCCUCAGAGGGGUGCCCGAGGACGAAGUCUGCGAUGUGGCAGAGUGGGGCAUCCGUAAGCUGGGUCUGGUGAAGUACGUGGACAAAGCCGCAGGCAGUUACAGUGGAGGCAACAUGAGGAAGCUCUCUACUGCCAUCGCCCUGAUUGGAGGCCCUCCUGUCGUGUUCCUGGAUGAGCCGACCACUGGGAUGGACCCUAAAGCCCGCAGAGCCCUCUGGGACUGUAUCCACAGCAUCAUCAAGGAGGGACGAUCAGUGGUGCUCACCUCACACAGUAUGGAGGAGUGUGAGGCCUUGUGUACACGCAUGGCCAUCAUGGUCAACGGCCGGUUCCGUUGCCUGGGCAGCGUGCAGCACCUGAAGAACCGCUUUGGUGAUGGCUACACCAUCGUCCUGCGUGUGGGCGGUCCCGAGCCGGACCUGGGCCCGGUGAUGGCGUUCAUCCAGGCCGAGUUCCCCGGGUCACUGCUGAAGGAAAAGCACAGGAACCUGCUGCAGUACCAGCUGCCCUCGGCCCUCAGCUCCCUGGCCUGGAUCUUCAGCACACUGGCCAAGCACAAGCAGCGCCUCUGCAUAGAGGACUACUCCGUUUCACAGACCACACUAGACCAGGUGUUUGUGAACUUUGCUAAAGACCAGAGUGAUGACCCAUUGGAACACGCCAAGGACCUAUCAGUGCGUCUCAAAGACACGCUGGUGGGCAUGUCCCUCCUAAACUCCGCCCACGGCCCCUCCCCCAAACCACCACCAAAGGAGGUCAAGGACAGUUUUGUGUGACUCCUCGUCGCCUGGCAACCAGGACGGCGUGCUCGCAAGGACACCUUCAUCCUCCUCCUUGCGUCUCCCUGUUGCUGUGGCGACGACCUCUGACCUGUAAUUCUGCCGUGGGAGGUACCGCCUGCAGGGGGGCCCGUGGAGACAGAGGAGCUCAAUGCAAGUCAAUGCAACUGCAAUUUCCAACACACACACACCAAUGAGUGUGUGUUUCACUUGAACAAUUGCCAUGAUUGAUGUCCUUGUCUAUGUGUGUGUGUGUGUGUGUGUGUGUGUGUGUGUGUGUGUGUGUGUGUGUGUGUGUGUGUGUGUAUCUGGGGCCCAGUCAUAGUCCCCAAUUGUAUGUGUGACUCAGUUCUCUAAAGCACACACACACAUGAAGAAUCAUCUCAGUCUCAGACAUUUGAGUGUUUGAUCUCUGCGUUUAACAUGUGCCUUUAUUUAUGCUGUAAAUAGAAACAGAAUCUAUGAACCACUUUUACAAUUUUAGAAUUGAAGUCCAAUUGGGCAUUAUGUAUUGUGUUGACUAAUCAGAGCGAUUGUGGUAAGGCCUUGGUGUGUGAUUGAAGCGAUUGCUCUUUUGUAAUAAAUGUUUAUUAAGAGAUUUGCUAGGGGACUUUUGCUUUGCUAAGUCAAGCUGCACAAUCACAGCACCUGAAUACCUCAGCUGAUUCAACAGUAUAGGCAGUAUUCAUGGCAACAAUGUCAUGAUAGAAUCCAAACGUAUCAGUAUCCAAAACAACUAAGACUUCUAGAGUCCAACCAUUUCAGUUCCUACAAUUAACUACUUCUAGAAUCUAUGUAGGCAUAAUAACUAACUUCUAGAGUCCAAAAAUGUCAGUAUUCAUAGCGACAAGACACUAAACAGAGUUCAGUCCAGUGCCGUGUCCAGAUACCUAAAGGAAGGGAGGGAGAGGAGCACUGAGUGACCUGGGUUCGUAUGAGCCGCCCCUGAGAGUGACUCCAGGUGGCGCUGGUGUGCUCAUGACAGCACUGUGUCUGUUCUUGGCUGGCUGUGUUAAGAGGACUGUAUGCACUAGCCUGCCAUUGGGGGGCGAUGUUACUCACUAACCUCAACAAUAAAACUACCACAAAUCUGUA